CUUCUCUCUCUCUCUCUCUCUCUCUCUCUCUCUCUCUCUUCAUUGAGCUCUGAUAUGAUGGAAAGCCACUGCCUUUGAGGAGGAGAAGAAGAGGAGAAGCAUCAAGUGUUGGAGAAGAACAAGAAAAGGUCAAGAGAGAAGAGGAAGUUGGCAAUGGGGUUCAGUUAUGAUUCUGCAGCAUCUAUCCUCCUCUGUGCUGAGGAUAACAACAGUGUCUUGGGUUUUGAGGAUGAGGAAGUGGAUGUUGAGGUUGGUGUGGAGGGGGAGGUGGAAAGGAGUGAGCUUUUGGAGGAAAGAUGUGAUUUUUAUGGGGAUUUCUUCAAGGUUUUGCCCAUUCAAUCAGAUGAGUGCUUGGAGGUGUUGGUGGAGAAGGAGUUGGACCAUUUGCCUAGAGGGGAUUAUGCUGAGAGGUUGCUCAAUGGGGACUUGGACUUGGAGAUUAGGAGAAAUGCUAUUGAUUGGAUUAGCAAGGUUCAUGCUCACUAUAGUUUUGGUCCAUUGAGUGCUUAUUUAUCUGUAAAUUAUUUGGAUCGCUUUCUCUCUGCCUAUGAGCUCCCUCAAGGGAAGGCAUGGAUGACUCAGUUGCUAUCAGUUGCUUGCUUAUCUUUGGCUGCCAAAAUGGAAGAAACUGAGGUUCCUUUAUCACUUGAUUUGCAGGCCGGGGAAUCUAAGUAUGUCUUUGAGGCUAGAACUAUACAGAGAAUGGAGCUUCUGGUGCUGAGCACUCUCAAAUGGAGGAUGCAAGCUGUGACUCCUUUCUCUUACAUUGAUUACUUCCUUCAUAAAUUCAAUGGUGGUAGUCCUCCGAGAAAGUCUUCAGUUUCUCAGUCUAUCGAGUUAAUAUUGAGCAUGAUUAGAGGGAUUGAGUUCUUAGCAUUUAGACCUUCUGAGAUUGCUGCUGCUGUUGCAUUUUCGGUGUUGGGAGAAACCCAAAUUUUGGAGAUCGACAAAGCUUUAGCUGGUUGCAUCCAUGUACAAAAGGAGAGGGUGAUUAGAUGUUAUGCAGUGAUUCAAGAUAAUGCAGUGAUGAUUAAUAGUUUUUUUGAUAAUGCAAGCCCUUUGGUUUCCUCUGUACCACAGAGCCCGAUUGGAGUGCUCGAUGCUGCGUGCCUAAGUUAUAAAAGUGAUGAGCUAACGACUACACGGCAUGAAUCUAACAAUUCAAAGAGGCGAAAACUGUGCUCUAUCUCAUGAAAGAUGAUGAAUCAAAGAAACUAGACACCAAAAAAAAAAGGCGAAUAACUAAAGGUGGUGAAUGAAUGAAUGCAUGAAUGAAUGAAUGAAUGAAUGAAUGAGCAGCUCAUGCUUGGAGCAAUGGUCGACAAAAAAGACAUGAGCAAGCAGUGAGAAGCUGAUUGAGUUGAGUAUUUCACUAUUUUUCUUCAUGUUGUCAUCGUUGUUGUUAAUUGUUUGAGUUCAUGUUCUACAAAACAAAAAUUUUGCCAAGAAAACAAAGAGGAAACCAUCCCUCUAGGGAUCGGAAAGGUGACCACCUUAACACAAAAAAAAAAAGAAACAUUAUAUAUUAAUCACUUCUUUUUCUGUAGUCCUUGUAUCUGUGCAACCAAUUGUUUGACUACUUGUCUCCUUGGACUAUGAAGGAAGCUUAUAUACAAGUGUUAGUUGGAA